ACUUCAUUAUUAGUUUAGUGUGCCAAAUAGUUCCUGUUCACUAAGAGUCUACUUCAGUCCAUGGGUGCGUCACAAGUUUCUGGUAUGAAGAUGAGGAAUCUUCUUUUCGGGCUUAUUUUUGGACUCCUUGCUGUUGUCCACUCAACACCUGUUGAUACUGUGACCCAGAUCCCCGCCAAAGCUGAGGAUGACAUCCUGAGAGAGGCUGUGACGGACGGCUUCCUCGUCGAACACCCUUUUACCCCCUCACGCACAACGGAAUCACCCAAAAGAAACACAACCGUUCAAGCAUCCCAGCAGCCGUCCACUGACUCCAAACAGGAUGACAUGAUUGAGGGCAGUGGGACUGACUUUGAGUCCAUGACCUCUAUUUUCCACAAGUUUGCAAGUACAACUCCGCAUGUGUCACACGCUCAGAGCUCCACCUCCACAGUGUUGCCAGGGAACACUGACAGCUCCAGUUCACAUUCAUCCACCACCCAAAGCCUUCAGUCCACCACUACGUCUAGUCCAAAUGAAGGGCCAAAUGAAGCCCAGCCAAACGUCACCCCCGAUCACAUCUCGCAUUCUCAAACUACUGACCCCGCUGUCUCCAGCUUUGGGUUCCCGAGCACCCACAGCUCUGAAUCAGGGUCUGGUGUUGGAGGGAUGCUUGGCCAUCAUUCCAGUACAACCACAAGUAUGACCUCUAGCUCCAGCACAGAAACUAGCGCUGCAUCAUCAAGCUCCACUGCUGCUUCUGUCACACCUAAGACUCCAGUAAUGUUUGCAGGAAAUGAAGGAUCAGGAUCAGGCGAAGGAUUGGGAUCAGGAAUGUACAGCACAGAUAAAGAACCAGUGUCACCCGCCACUGAAGAGCGAAAUAUAUCAACAGUGCCUGAAGCUCCAGCCAUCAUUCGAGUUAUACAACCACAACAACAGCCCAGCCCGACGGAACCCAGGAACAAAGGACACACUACACCAGGUUGGAUCAUUAUCCUUGGUUUUAUUGUUGGUCUUGCAGCACUAAUAAUGCUCUGCGUUGCCAUCGCCACCAGAGACAAGUGGAAUGGACCAAGCAAGGCAUCCCAGCUUGUGAGCAAAACUAACUCCUCAAACCAGCAGAGGGGGCUAGAGAUGGAGACAUUCCUGCACAAAGACCAGCCCAGGGAGAACGGAAAGGCGUCAGAGUACACAGUCAUCCCCCUGGAUGAGCUUCCAGAGAAAUGUUCAUCACACUGAGGUUCAGAAACGGAUCCUCUGGAGGCGUGAGACUCAUCACAGAACCACAAGAACGUAUUUAAAGCAGAUGAAUUUGAUCAGAGGAGCAAAACUAUUUGGGCUGUUGAGCAAAAGGUUUCUGUGGACUCUUACAGCUCUGAGCCAAGUCUGACCCAGAAUCUUGAUAUUCCUGCUGACUCUCAAAAACUCUAAUAUCUUUAAUCUGAAAUUACAUCAAUAUUUUGGUUGAUGCAUUUAUUGUCAUAUCAUCUCUUGCAUUAACUGUAAAAUAUAAAACUGGUCGGUUAUCAUCCACAAAUGCCAUUUAUUUCAAAACAAAGACGUUACAGUGUUUUAUUUUUUGUACAUAUUUAAUGUUUAAAGUUUUUUUUAUAAUGGAUGCAAAAAAAUGAUUCAGCGUCCAGUCUUAAAGUGUCUUUGUUGUAUUAUUAUGUUAUUUUAAAUCUCCUUGUAAUAAUAUUAUUGAUGACUUGUGUUGUAACUUAUAUUAAGCUGCUCUGUUGUUACCCCCACAUUCAUUAAAGAAGCUCUGAGUGCUGAACAGUG